AUGGCGACAGGAGCCGGUCGUAGAGUUCAACAAUUACUAAAAGUUCCAUCACUGCUCUCAGUCAGUCUAACUGAAUUGAUUUUAUUUUCAAAGAGAGAAUCUCAAAAGCAUCUAAUAAAUAAAAGAUUUUGCAGCCAAGAGGUGAGAAGAGUAACUCUAAUCCCUGGAGAUGGCAUUGGUCCAGAAAUUUCUGAAGCUGUCAAAGAAAUUUUUGCUACUGCAAAGGCUCCUAUCGAAUGGGAUCAAGUCGAUGUAACACCUGUUAAAGCGGCCAGUGGUAAAUAUGUCAUUCCAUCGGCUGCUUUCGAGUCUGUUAAAAAGAAUAUGGUUGGUCUAAAAGGCCCGCUCGCUACUCCAAUUGGAAAAGGCCAUGUAUCCAUGAAUUUAACUCUUAGAAAGACCUUUAAUUUAUUCGCUAAUGUCAGGCCUUGUAAGUCAAUUGAAGGCUACAAAACACCGUAUGAUGGAGUUGACCUAGUUACUAUAAGAGAAAAUACUGAAGGAGAAUAUAGUGGUAUCGAACAUAAGGUUGUUGAUGGUGUAGUACAAAGUAUUAAACUCAUUACGCGCGCAGCUUCAAUUAGGCUAGCUGAAUAUGCCUUUCAGUAUGCAACUGAUAACAACAGAAGCAACUUAACUGUUGUACACAAAGCCAACAUAAUGCGUAUGUCUGAUGGUUUAUUCUUAAAGUGCUUUCGAGAAGUUGCUGAUAAUUAUAAAAAUAUCGACUACAACGAGGUAUAUUUGGAUACUACGUGUUUGCAGAUAGUACUAGAUCCAUCCAGAUUUGAUGUCCUUGUUAUGCCAAAUUUAUAUGGUGAUAUAUUAAGCGAUUUAUGUGCCGGCUUAAUUGGGGGUUUAGGUGUAACACCAAGUGGUAAUAUUGGUUCGGAUGGGAUAGCUAUUUUUGAAGCCGUCCAUGGUACUGCGCCAGAUAUUGCCGGACAAGAUAAAGCUAACCCAACAGCUUUGUUGCUUAGUGCCGUUAUGAUGUUACGGCAUAUGGGCUUACGUGGCCAUGCCGAUUUAAUCGAAAAUGCUACUUUAGAUGUUAUAAGAGAGGGAUCGGCACUUACAAAAGAUUUGGGUGGUAAUGGCACCUGCUCUGGUUAUACAAAGGCUAUCUGCGAUCGAUUAUAUCCCAGUGCUUAA